AUGAGCCGCAGCUACAAUGACGAGCUGCAGUUCCUGGACAAGAUCCACAAGAACUGCUGGAGGAUCAAGAAGGGCUUCGUGCCCAACAUGCAGGUAGAAGGAGUGUUCUACGUGAAUGAUCCACUUGAGAAAUUAAUGUUUGAGGAGUUAAGAAAUGCCUGCCGAGGUGGGGGUGUCGGUGGCUUCUUGCCAGCAAUGAAACAGAUUGGCAAUGUGGCAGCCUUACCUGGGAUCGUUCAUAGAUCUAUUGGACUUCCUGAUGUCCAUUCUGGUUAUGGAUUUGCAAUUGGGAACAUGGCUGCCUUUGAUAUGAGUGACCCAGAAGCUGUAGUGUCCCCAGGUGGUGUCGGAUUUGAUAUCAACUGUGGUGUCCGAUUGCUGAGAACCAACCUUGAUGAAAGUGAUGUCCAGCCUGUGAAGGAACAACUAGCCCAGGCCAUGUUUGACCACAUUCCUGUUGGGGUGGGAUCAAAAGGCGUUAUCCCAAUGAAUGCCAAGGACUUGGAGGAGGCUCUGGAGAUGGGAGUGGACUGGUCUCUACGAGAAGGGUAUGCCUGGGCUGAGGAUAAGGAGCAUUGUGAGGAAUAUGGGCGUAUGCUGCAAGCUGACCCCAAUAAGGUCUCGGCCAGGGCUAAAAAGAGAGGCCUUCCUCAGCUUGGGACCCUGGGAGCAGGAAAUCAUUAUGCUGAAAUCCAAGUUGUGGAUGAUAUUUAUAAUGAGUACGCUGCCAAGAAGAUGGGCAUUGACCACAAGGGGCAGGUGUGUGUGAUGAUCCACAGUGGCAGCAGGGGCCUGGGCCAUCAAGUAGCUACAGAUGCGCUAGUGGCUAUGGAAAAAGCUAUGAAGAGAGACAAGAUUAUUGUCAAUGACCGUCAGUUAGCAUGUGCAAGGAUCAGCUCCCCGGAGGGGCAGGAUUACCUGAAGGGGAUGGCAGCUGCCGGAAACUAUGCCUGGGUCAACCGGUCCUCCAUGACAUUCUUGACCCGACAGGCUUUUGCCAAGGUCUUCAACACAACACCUGAUGACCUGGACCUCCACGUGAUCUAUGAUGUCUCCCACAACAUCGCCAAGGUGGAACAGCAUGUGGUGGAUGGGAAAGAGCGGACCCUGCUAGUGCACAGGAAGGGCUCCACCCGGGCCUUCCCCCCACACCAUCCCCUCAUUGCUGUGGAUUACCAGCUCACUGGACAGCCAGUUCUCAUUGGGGGAACCAUGGGAACCUGUAGCUAUGUCCUUACUGGGACUGAGCAGGGCAUGACUGAAACCUUUGGAACAACCUGCCAUGGAGCAGGUCGUGCAUUGUCCCGAGCAAAAUCUCGACGUAACUUAGACUUCCAGGAUGUUCUGGAUAAAUUGGCUGACAUGGGCAUCGCCAUCAGGGUUGCUUCCCCUAAACUGGUGAUGGAGGAGGCUCCCGAAUCCUAUAAAAACGUGACAGAUGUGGUGAAUACUUGCCAUGAUGCUGGAAUCAGCAAGAAGGCCAUCAAACUCAGACCAAUUGCAGUUAUCAAAGGCUAAUAUCCCACCCUAGCUCACUUGAGACCACUGACAUGACCAGACGUGACCUAGACAUGGAUUGAUGUGCUCUUGAGAUGCCAAAUUACUGACCUACCAAAUUCUGAAUGUGCCUGGCACAUUGCCCAUUCCAGACUGACAGGGCAGGGGGCUCCCUGAACUAUCCAACAUGGUAAAGAAACACUAUUAGAUAAAGGGCCACGCUAUCUCAUCCAAAGAGGAAUCAAUGAAUGUGCUUGUCCUCUCUGGCCCAGCAGCUCUCUAGAAAAUUGUCCUUUGGGGAGUCAGCCAUACUCAGGCAGCAGUCACUAAUCAUACUUGGCCUCGUCUCACCAUCAGUGGGCAUCAGACCUUCUAGAAGUUCCACAGGCGGUUAUGGGAAUCCCUGGCUUCAUCCUAAGGGCUGCUCUCACUCUUCCUUAGA